AUGUCGCGCGACAAGGAGCUCAGAGCCCAUGAGGCUGCUGUUGAAUCUACAGAUCAGGAUGACUGGGAUAUGCAGCGCCUGGGCAAGGUCCAGCAGUUGAAGAGAAACUUCCGAUUCUAUUCGAUCCUGGGGUUCACGACGACCCUGAUGGCUACCUGGGAGUCGAUUCUGCUGACGAGUACCUAUGGCCUGACUGACGGCGGUCGCGCCGGCAUGAUCUAUGUCUACAUCGGCUCCUUUGUUGGAUUCUUUGCUGCGGUCAUUUCGAUGGCAGAGAUCUCUUCUGUUUCACCGACGUCCGCUGGUCAAUACCACUGGGUCAGCGAAUUUGGCCCUCCAAGAGCGCAACGGUUCCUGAGCUACCUCACCGGAUGGCUGUCAGUGUUGGGCUGGCAAGCUGCUUUUGCCAGUAUCUGCUUCCUGUGUGGUACUCUCAUCCAGGGACUGCUUGUUUUCAACUACUCCGGCGAUACCGGCUAUGUAUACGACUUCCACCGCUGGCACGGGACUCUUCUGACAAUUGCCAUCGCGGCCGUUGGAACCCUCAUCAACACAUACGGUGCGAAAUUUCUGCCCUCUCUCGAGGGUGUCAUCUUGUUCCUUCACCUGGGUGGAUUUGUCGCAGUUUUAGCUACAAUGUGGGGAAUGUCAUCUGGAAAAGCCCCGAACGAGGUUGUAUGGAAAGAAUUCUCAAACUCGGGUGGAUGGUCCAGCAUGGGGCUAGCUUGUCUCGUGGGCCAGUUGACCCCGAUUUUCUCAUGGACUGGACCUGAUGCUGCGACUCACAUGGCCGAGGAGGUCCAAAAUGCCUCCUUUGUCAUUCCCUGGUGCAUGGUCUCUACCGCCUUGGUCAACGGUAGUCUGGGAUUCGUCAUCCUCAUUACCCUCUUAUACACCAUGGGACCCAUUUCCGACGUGCUUGACCCGGCGAGCGGGUUCUCGUUCAUCCCCGCUGUUCAGCAUGCCACUGGAUCCAUGGCAGCCACCAAUGGAGUAGCGGCGAUCAUUCUUGUGAUGGAAGUUUGCAGCGCUAUCAGUAUUCUUGCUACAGCCUCUCGACAGACCUUCGCUUUUGCCCGCGAUAAUGCUCUACCGUUUUCUAAGGCCCUGUCGCAUGUUAACAGCCGAACCCAGGUUCCGGUCACUUCUGUAUUGGUCUCCACUAUCAUUACUGUCUUGCUCAGUUUGAUCAAUAUUGGAUCCACCGCCGCCUUCAACGCAGUUGCAUCUGUCAUGAUUGCCGCACUCUUCACAACUUACAUUCUCUCCAUCUUGGCCUUUAUCCGAGCCCGACGCCUUCCAGGCGGAAUACCACCUUCUCGUUUCUCACUUGGUCGGUUUGGAAUGCCGAUCAACGUAUUUGCAGUUGCCUGGCUCUGCUUUUCGAUUAUCUUUACGUUCUUCCCCACUGCCAACAACCCGACCCCUGUCGAUAUGAACUGGUCGAUUCUAGUGUUCGGCGUUGUCGUCAUCUUUGCCAUUGUGCAAUAUUUCGUCCAUGGCUCUCGUAUAUACGAAGCGCCCGUUACACAAGUACGCAAGACUAAUUAA